CAAACCGGAUGUGGCGCCGCUGGAGGGCGGUAGUGACGUCACGCGACGCCGCGCCGGAAGGGGCGGGGCUCGCGAGCGGCUGAGCGACGUGUUCCAAGCGCACCGUUAGCGGCUCAUUCAUCGCUCCAGACAUGGUGCUGUUAGAAAACGACGCGUUUCUGACUGAACUCACUCGGCUGUUCCAGAAGUGCAGGACCAGUGGCAGCGUGGUCAUCACUUUAAAGAAAUAUGACGGCAGAACGAAGCCGGUCCCCAGAAAGGGCCACCCGGAGACCUUUGAACCGGCCGACAACAAAUGUCUCAUCAGAGCGUCGGAAGGCAAGACCAAAAUCAGCACGGUGGUCAGCACCAAAGAAGUAAUAAAAUUUCAGAUGGCGUAUUCAAACUUGUUGCGGGCGCACAUGGACGGCUUGAAAAAGAAAGACAAAAAGAGCAAAAGCAAGAAAACUAAAGCCACAUAGUGACGGGCCGCGCAGGAGAGCUGUGCACUCGUCCCUUCUCACCGGUGCCACGCCACCUUCCCAUCAUCCCCUGCGGCGCGUCUGGAAACCUGCCUCCCUCUCCUGCUCGUCCUCCGCCGUUCACUUCCUCGUCCCGGGUUUAAGAGCGUCUCUGAGCUGUUCGGCGGACGCCGGGAGGCGCUGCGUUCAUACGCCAAGCCAUAUUUUGAUUUCUAGCAGUGUUUUAGACGGCGAGAGAACAUCGCGCUCGCUAACUUUCUCCUGUCGUAACGAUUAUAUUUCGGUUCUCCGCCGCUGUUUAUUAUUUUUAAUUUUUUUUGAGUGUUUUUCUCAUUUUGUCGGGAAGCGUUCGAGGUCUUUGUAAAGCGUCUCUCAUUUGACCUGAACAAAAGCACCCUUGUAGAUUUGCAAAUAAAAAGAGCACAUUUAUUGAUCACCAGAACACCCCGGAGACGUUUGGACUGAGACUGAGUCUCGUACGGACCGUGCACUGCUAAAAAGAAUAAAUACAGUAUGUACA